CUUUGCCCGGAGAUUCGGGCAGCAGCCCUGUGUGCCCAGCGGGCCCCGGGGCAGGAGCGGUGCUAGGCAGGUGGGGUGGCCCGGCCUGGGGGGAGUGAGCCGGCUCCGAGCAGGGGGCGGGGAAGCGGCGCAGAAGUUUGCCUCGGACUCGCCGGGCGCUGUGGCAGCUUCCUUCGCCGAGGUUUAUUUUCUUGAAAAGACUCCAGGCUUCGGCUUGGAAAAUCCAACCGCCAAAAUUGAGCCCAGCAGCUGGAGCGGCAGUGAGAGCCCUGCCGAAAACAUGGAAAGGAUGAGUGACUCUGCAGAUAAGCCAAUUGACAAUGACGCUGAAGGAGUCUGGAGCCCCGACAUUGAGCAGAGCUUCCAGGAGGCCCUGGCUAUCUAUCCGCCAUGUGGGAGGAGGAAAAUCAUCUUAUCAGAUGAAGGCAAAAUGUAUGGUAGGAAUGAAUUGAUAGCCAGAUACAUCAAACUCAGGACAGGGAAGACGAGGACCAGAAAACAGGUGUCUAGUCAUAUACAGGUCUUAGCAAGAAAGAAAGUUCGAGAAAUUCAAGCCGCCAUUAAGGUGUCUAGUCACAUUCAGGUUCUUGCCAGAAGGAAAUCUCGUGAUUUUCAUUCCAAGCUAAAGGAUCAGACUGCAAAGGAUAAGGCCCUGCAACACAUGGCAGCCAUGUCCUCAGCCCAGAUAGUCUCAGCCACUGCCAUUCACAACAAGCUGGGGCUGCCUGGGAUUCCACGCCCGGCCUUCCCGGGGGCGCCGGGGUUCUGGCCGGGAAUGAUACAAACAGGGCAGCCAGGAUCCUCGCAAGACGUCAAGCCCUUUGUGCAGCAGGCGUACCCCAUCCAGCCAGCAGUCACAGCCCCCAUUCCAGGGUUUGAGCCUGUGUCAGCCCCAGCUCCCUCGGUCCCUGCUUGGCAGGGCCGCUCCAUUGGCACAACCAAGCUUCGCCUGGUGGAAUUCUCAGCUUUUCUGGAACAGCAGCGAGACCCAGAUUCGUACAACAAACACCUCUUCGUGCACAUUGGGCAUGCCAACCAUUCUUACAGCGACCCGUUGCUUGAAUCAGUGGACAUUCGUCAAAUUUAUGAUAAAUUUCCUGAAAAGAAAGGUGGCUUAAAGGAAUUAUUUGGAAAGGGCCCUCAAAAUGCCUUCUUCCUCGUAAAAUUCUGGGCGGAUUUAAACUGCAAUAUUCAAGAUGAUGCUGGGGCUUUUUACGGUGUAACCAGUCAGUACGAGAGUUCUGAAAAUAUGACUGUCACCUGCUCCACCAAAGUUUGCUCCUUUGGGAAGCAAGUAGUAGAAAAAGUAGAGACGGAGUAUGCAAGGUUUGAGAAUGGCCGAUUUGUAUAUCGAAUAAACCGCUCCCCGAUGUGUGAAUAUAUGAUCAACUUCAUCCACAAGCUGAAACACUUACCAGAGAAAUAUAUGAUGAACAGUGUUUUGGAAAACUUCACAAUUUUAUUGGUGGUAACAAACAGGGAUACACAAGAAACCCUCCUCUGCAUGGCCUGUGUAUUUGAAGUUUCAAAUAGUGAACAUGGAGCACAACAUCAUAUUUACAGGCUUGUAAAGGACUGAACAUGGUUAUUUAUAUAUAUAGAUAUCUGUCUAGACACACACGCGCACACACACACCACACACACACGUGCACACACACACACUCCAUUAUCGAACGACUGACUGACUGUAAGCCUCACCACAUGGGGGUGGUGUAGCCCCGAGGCCACCUCGACUUUUCUAUAUCCCAUUUGAGUGAAGUCAUUUUCUCAUGUGUUCAGACUCCCCUUGUAGCUGUGAAGUUCUGGUACAGUUGUAAAAAGAGAAAUAGAGUUGUUUCUGUGUGUUCUUCAAAUCUGCAGCCCACAGUUCCUCGGGAAAGGGGAACCUUAAGAACCCAAGUCUCUCUCUGCAGAGACCUGUGUCUAAUUGUGGUAGAAAAUAUCAAGACAGAGCAUUUGCCAUGGGACAUUUACAGCCUUUAUACAAAUGUAUUUAGUUUUUUUUUUUUCCAACAUAAAAUUCUUGUUUUAAGAUACAAGUUAAAUUAAUCUUUAAAUAUAAAUGUAAAUGAGUACACAAAACUAAGAAUCUUUAGACUUAUCUUUGUAACUAAUUAGGGUGGAAGUGAUGAAAGAAUGUAAUUCACUAAAUUAUUUUUUAAAUGAAACCUUUCUUUCUUUUUUGAAACCAAAUGUUAAAAUAUAGCCUUAAGAAAUGCUUGGUAGAAAUGUCUUAAUGAGACAAAUUUGUACUUUUUUUUUUUUUUUUUUCCUCAAGGUUAAAACUAAUCUCCUAAUCCAUUAAACUCUUGAACAGGUAUUACAAAGAAAGAAAACUUCACCCUUAUCCUUAACAUAUAUAGUAUAUUUAAAAAUAUAAAAUUAUAUUGUACUAAUGUGAUGAUCUGAUUAUUUAAUGAAAAAGGACAGACGGCUCUUUUUGCAAUAAGUAGAUAAAUAUUGAAAAUUUAAACUUAAAGUGUUUAUAGUCUUGUGCGUGCAGUUAUAUUUUAUAUGGACAACCAAAUUUUUAUUAAGAUGAGUAAAUAUUUGAACCACUGAAAUUUAAUAACAAAAUUUAAAAUUGGCAUGAAUACUGCACUGUGAGCUGCAAAGUAUAGAAAAUCCUGUGGCUGGGAGAAAAUUUCAUCAACCAAACAAAUAAAGGCUCAUCUGUUUUAGCAUCUCUGCUCCCCAGAAAAUACAAGCAUCCUCUCCAGCCUGUGGAUAAAUUUUUUUUUUUCUGGUGACCCAGUGUACAUGUUAACCUGCUAUGUAUGUGUAUGUGGAUACACGUAUACACGUAGGCAUAUAGAGCUAUCCAGCACGUAUUUAUUGAACAUCUAGUUAGUGUCACUCAGUUUGCUAGGUGCUGAUAUGUAUGUAUAUCUCAAUCUGUGUCCAUAGAUCUAGAUACAUUAUCUCUAAGGACCUCCAUUCACUUGACAUCUCUCAGUAGGUCACAGUACUUGUUUGACUUUUGCUUAAAGAGGCGCAGCUUUCUAUCUCAGACCUUUUCAGGCAGGCUUGUUUGGUUCUCUUCCCAGGAAAGAUUCAGCUUUCCAACCCACGUAUUCCAAAGCAUUGCCCAGGCACAGAUGGCUUGAUGUGGCCCCCGUGCCUUGGGUUAUUUCUAUAAGUGCUUCAUUGGGAAGAGGACAAGAGGGUACCCCACAAUUCCCAGAGGAAAAGAAUUUUUUGCUAAUUAUUGUGAAUAUGUUAAAACAAGAGAAUAUGAAAUAAGUUGUGUAAGUUGUCAACAUGAUCAAAAUUUUUUUCAUCAAGCUAGAAAAUAAUUCUACCACGUCCAUGUAACUCACACAGUCCCUUUUCCGUCUCAGCAUCUGCUGUGACCCUCCCUGUACAUUCGGUCGGAAUCUGAUGGUCGUGAGCAUAAGGCCUGUGGCAGACAGAAAAAUACGCUGGACCAAGCCUGACCUCUCCCAAAUGCAUGCCACUUGUCACUGGGAAGACCAGAGGAGAAAGCAUAAACCUCUCUCCUUUUGGAAUGCACAUCCCGAACAUAAACAAGGAGGGCAGUGUUUAUCUUCCCUCCAUAAAGAGACUUCUGUUUGUUCUCCGAUUUCAGUGGGCCUUUGAGGGAUCGCCCCAGUUGUCUGCCCUUUCGUCUGGUCUUUAACCCUGGCAUCUAAGCUUCUCACUUCUGUGGUCAUCGAAUUUUCAAUGACAUCUGUUGGACACACCAUUUAGGGAUGUUUCUUUUGCUCCUAUUCUGCAUCUUUUCUCAAGGAAGCCCCCAGUCUGCUAGGCCAGGACUGUUGAAGGGAUGCCAGUUAUCUUAUGUGGCUAAAACCCAGGCCAUCCCAGAACCUCAGAGGUAGAGACAUCUGGUCCAUACUCCCCCCCAGAAAUGGGACUCUUCUGUGCUGCCAAGGGGGCUCUUGGGAUUCACUUUUCAAAGCACAAAAAGGCUGGGACCCAAGAAGACCAUCUCGAGGGUAACACUGUUGGCAGCAGAGAAGGGCAUACCCAGGUCUGCUGAGCUCACUGGGUCAAGCUGGCCAUCUUCAUCGCCAGUGUCCACUUCCUCCUUAUGCCUUUGUCAUUGAGGCUCAGAGGCUUACAUAAUUGAAUUUGAGGGUUACUUCUUGCUCUUAAAAAUUUCUAAGAUGUUUUAUUGUUUAAUUCUUAUCUUGUUCUUCUGAAGUUUCUGCGGGACAGACAUUUUCCCUGAACUCUUGGGCCUCUGUGUCCUUCUCAAGUGAGUCCCAAUGGGGGAUUUGUGUCAUGACAUCCAAUCUGAGUCUCUUUAGUCCUUGACCCUAUGUGUCAAAGUCUUCUCUCCUGUCUUUAAAGCUUUCCAGACCUAAACAAAGCCUUGCCAAAGCCCUCUCUUCACUGUUCUCUUCCAGGGGCUCUAUCUCCUGAUGACCCUCCGAUACGAGGUUUGUUUCAGGGACAUGUUGUGCUUUCACUGGGGAGUUUGAUGGCAUGUUUUCCACAGCUGAAACAGGGAGGAGCCGAAGAGCAGGGCUCUGGUCUGUUGGCAUUCAUUUCCAUGUUAGUGAGAGGCCUAAACUAAAACCAGGACUUCUUUCAGAACGUGUCCUUGAAUUACAAGAUGUCCAGGCUACUCUAGACCAGGGUUUCUCAGCCUCAGCACUAUUGACAUUCUAGACCAGAUAAUUCUUUGUGGUGGGGGAUUGUCCUGUGCGUUGUAGGAUGUUUAGUAGCAUCCCUGGCCUCUACCCACUAGAAGCCAACAACAAGCCACCCCCCCAGCCCACACACACACCACUCCAGUUGUGACAACCCAAAAUGUCUCCAGACAUUGCCAGAUCCCCCCUGGGGUACAGAAUUGACCCGGUUCAGAACCAUUGCCCCUGGACCUUACAGGCCACAAUGACUGUAUUUGAGAUUUCUUUUCCGCUCCAUUUCACGCUACCAAAGAUGCUCAUCUCCUGCAAGGUUUGUCUCAGGUCAUCAAGAGACAGGAAUAUUAAUUGAGUGACAUCGUGUCCAUGUGUCUCCCUCUUUCAGAAUUUCUAUUGUAUAACAGUCUCUUACCACAAGUCUUUCACUUAUUCCAGGGGAAGCUGAGCACAGAUGGUCACCAUCAUCCCAAUAAUCAGCACGCACCAAUUUAAAGAGCGUUUCUCAUUUGGUCUUCAGCCCUUAGUUUACCGGGAUUAAAAAAAAAAAUCCUAUUUUCAUUAUUUCUCGUAAACUCAUGCAUGGGUCUCAUUAUCAAAUCUUUGUUUUGGUAAAUUUCCUCUGGGCUGCUUCUACUUUCUGCCUUACAAUCAGUGCUAUCUGUAGAAUUUACCGAAGCUUCUAGAACAUUUUGUUUUCACCUCUAGAGAUUGAAAAGGGAGGAGCGCAAAUCUACUGUCCUUCGUUUUGCAGGUGAGGAAGCUGAGGCCCAGGGUCACCCAGGUAGUUAGCGACAGGGUAAGGGUGAGGCCCUAGGACUUCAGCACUUAAUCUAUGGAUUCUGUGGUAGCGUUUGUUCCUCUUGGUGCUCUAUGCUUAAAUGAUCCCUGAGAGUGUGGACAGGGUCAGUUCAGAAGAGAGGGAGAUUAGGAUCACCCUGAUGCUGCUGCUUCCCACUGGUGGGUCUCGUCUGACAAGCUGUCUGGGGGCAUUCACAGCAGAUGUGAAAAGCCGAUGAGCCUUUCGUCUCCUCUGAAGACAACUCGCCUUCCACAGGCUCUGAGUCAGAUUUCUAUUUGCCAAUCAUCCCAGCAGCAAAGUUCUGCACUCCGACCAGCCAAAAAGCAGCCAUCGUUCCAAGCACUUGGUGUUACAAGUCCCGGAAUGACUUUUGAACUCCAGGCUUCUGUCGGUUUCAAUACUGUAGUGGCUUUAGCAAUUUCUUUUUGUACAAUCGUAAAUUAUUGGAAUCGUAUGAAAUGACAGUCACUGUGACAAACCAGGUACAUAUAAUUUGUACAAUUUUUUAUAUGCUCUGGUACACCACACCUGUCCUGACGAAUGGUAGAACCAAUUCUGCUCGUUGGUGUUCACAGCUGUGACAUUAGAAGGAUGUCUGCAUUGCUGAUUUUUUUAUGUUGAUGUUUCUGUGGCAAAGCCCUACACACGUCAUUUCUGAAAAGCCUUAAGUCUCUGAGAUGUUGCAUGUAGGGUGCGCAGUACAAACGGCUGCCUCGGAACUGUGAGCCCUUUUGUAAGCUGGAAGCGUUUCUCUUACUACUAUUACUUUUUUAGGAAGUUUUAAAUUCAGAGCUGCCAAAGCGUUCUAGUAAGCAGUGCCUUAGAGAUAUAGUCAUGCCGCCAGCCUUUUCUGACACCUGUUCUCCAUGUUCCUUUGCUAAUUGGCGUAGUACGUAAAACAAACAAACAAAAAAUUUGUUUUCAUUUUUGUUUUGUAAGCCCAUUUUUCUCCAGUUCUUUAGGAACUGACUACCUGGUCUACAAUUUGAAUACUGAAUACCAGUCAGUUCUUUGACCCCACUCUCAAAUGUAUAUACCAAAACUGAAAAGUUGCAACCUUGUUGUUUACUAUGAAAAGGAAAUCGUACUUUUAAUGUUGCCUUUUAAAUUCAUGACCAAAUACUUAGCUAUUUGUGAAUCUUCUGCACUCUAGCAUGAAAGUGCCUUUGGUUUGAGAUUCCAGCUUAGAAAAGUGCUACCAUAAUAACGAUAAUUUGUAGAGAGACCAAAAAUAUUUUGAGAUCACCGUAAUGCCUUUGGUUUACUGGGAUGAGUAACCAACCACAGGCCUCUGUUCACAAAAGAGCACGACCUGGGCCCCUGCCGCUGCGAGUUUGUCUUUCAGGGGAGCCCUCCCCAGCCGACUCACCAAGAGCACACUGCAGCAGGUGGGACCCCAGAAACUGUUGUAUUUGUGUGUGCCGAUGACCCCAUGUGUCAUUUCAGCUCGUCACCCAGCCCUACAUCUGUGCGAGGGAAUUUCCACACAAACAACGGCAUCUCGGCCUGUGGACAGAUGUGACGGCUUUGUCCUUCUCGUAUUCGUGUUCAGUCUCCGUGGAGGCUUUCUUUCCCAUCUAAACGACAGUGCGCACUUCCUUGGUUGACAUAGUGAUACCAUGUUGAAAGUUGGAAGCCUCAAACUGAGAUGACAGUGCAGAACAAAAAUGCGAUAGGGUCGCUGUAAUUGAAGCAUUGUUCUUAGGGCGAAAAUAUUGACUCUGAGUUUUGUGUAUGAAUGUGCUGUGAGAAACUUCCAAAGAGCGCCAUUCACAAUUUUCAAAGCAUUUUCAAAGAAUGCUCCAGCCCUAAAAGGGUCAGCUCUUUUAAAGUCCACCUUGGCUUUGAUCAAAACUUUGUAUAAAUUGGUAAAAUUGAUAGAGGUAAGGAAGAUGAGUGAAAAGGACAAGAAGGCAAAAAGAAUCACCAGCCAAACAAAAGCCAGGAAAAAAGAUUUCUUCACCAAUAUAGACUUAAAACAGUAACAUCAGAUAUCUUUGAAAGUUAGCCUCUGAACUCUUAAUAUAUAUGUUCCAUCUGUCUCUACCUGGUGUCUUUUAAGAAUACCCAUUCUGAGCUCAGACAUUUCUCAUGUGAUUUCUGUCCACACCAAGUUGUAUUUAUAUAAAUUUCUAAGCACCUCCCCCCCCCCAAAAAAAGGAAAAUUACUCAACACACAUUAUAGUUAGCAGCUUGGAUUCUCAGCUCCUCCCUAUUGGUACUUAUACCACAACUUGGAAGAAAUUACAGUUAAAUGCGUUUUGUCUUUUCCCGCUUCUCUUUUCAUCUGUUACUGUGCUUUGUUUGGCAGUAGUUUCCUCUCAUAAACUCAUUGCUUAUGUCAUUAAAAAUGAAGGUUUUGUGUUUUAAAAUUUAUCACAAAAGAUAGUCUCACUGAAGACAUGCCGGUUAAAUAAGAUGAAACAUUUGUAUUUAUUAUCCUAUAUCCUAAGCUGUAACUUGUUUUAUUCUCCAUGAAUUUGCAAUGAAUCAUUCAUAUCCCUCACACUGUCAUUUUAUUAUUUGAGUUGGAUUACGUUCCUGCUUAUUCGCCAUUAAAUGGGGUCAGAUUCCAGCAGAUUCCACCUCUCUCAGGUUGACUCUCUUUUGUCUGCCUUCCAUUAAAGGGAUUUUUUUUUUUCCUUCCCCUUUCUCUAAGAGAGGCUGGCAAAUUCUAGGCAUAAAUCAAUUGGAAACCAGCCUCUGAUUUUUUUCAUUUUUUGCAUUAGUCAUUUUCUGUGAUUAGUUUCACUGUGUAAAUUAGAUAUGAACUGCACUUAUUUAAAAAAAAAAAAAAAAGUGUCCCUGUUACCUCCUUGCAAGAUUCAUUUCUGUAGGCCUUUUUCAAUAGGCUCAUGACUGCAGACAAAAAAAAAAGUAAAGACAAAAACAGACGUGCCUGAAAAAUGACAAAAAAAAUUUUUGUAACAUUUAAAAAAGAAACCUGAAUAGCCUUUAAAUUCUUUAAGAUGCUUAAAUUUUAUGUAAAUCGGCUUUUGCCACGUGUGUUUGUUCACAUUCUAAAUGACUUAAUGGAAUUCUCACAGUCCGUGUCUUUGUGUCUUGUGUAUAAUAAGAUGGGCUUGUGACGUAAGCAUUUUCAUCUGGUCAGUGGUUCCUUUGCUAUUGUACUGCUGCUGAGAACGGGCUACCUACGGAACCUGCCUUUUGUGGAAUGAAGUUCCUCUAGGGUAGAUUGGAAAGGGGGGGUGGGGAGCAAAUUUUAACACAACAUUUUCUUAACCUAUUUGCAGAAACUUUCAAAAGGCAUUUGGUUAAACCUCUUGGCAGUACAGUAUUCUCGUAUUUGUUAAUGUCUGUGUUUAGGUACUGGUACCUUUUUGUUUAAAAAAUGUUCUAAGUGUUGGCUUUAAAGUGAACUUUAUCUUUAGUAUGAUAGUUAUAUGAAAAUUAUAGGGUUUGUGUGCAGAGAAUUUUUUUAUAAAGUGCUUUGUAAAAAAAAAAAUGUAUUCUAGCUUUCGCGGUACAUAUGUGUGAUAACUUUAAUAUCCAUGACAGUUAAGUGCAAUUAUUUCAUCACUCUAAAAAUGCUAUUUUUGUGUCAGUUCCUGCAGGUGUUUUCAUGUCUUUGCAAAGUGACACAUUUUGAUGCCUUCUUGAUAAAGUGGUAGACAUUUUGUAGCUUUCUAGAAACUUUGUAUUCAUACGGUAUCAAUGAAAAAUAAAGAAAAUGAAAGUGUGGGUCACCUUU